GAUAGCUGCGGUGUUGCGGAGCACACUAUCAACCAUCAACUCAGCAUCUAUCGUCGCUGUUACUGUUGCUGCUGUUGCUGCUGCUGCUGAUGAACGGUUUGUGUCGAACAAGCAAAACGAUGUGCGACCGAUGGCUUCAUUUCAACGAUCUACCCUUCGAGCUGAUGUGCGAAAUAUUCGACUAUCUACCGCUGCGGGACAUCAGAAAUGCGUCGCUCGUCUGCCAGCACUGGCAUGAGAUCAUCUUCUCCGAGGUCUACAUCCAUCGGUUCCGGUUGCUGCUGAAUCUCGACCAGGCGCUGCCGGCACUGCGGCAAAUGGCGCUACUACUAGAGGCCAGCGAGCGCGACUACUACAGUGUGGUGCUGCGGGCAAACCUGGGCAGCCCGUUGACCGAGGCCCGGUUAAAGAUCGUGAAGCUGAUGAUCCGUCUGCUGGCCCAUACCGCCGAUUCGUUGUACUUCAAUAUGGCCGACUUCCGGAUCGAGUCGUGUGUGUCGGAACGUUCGCUGCGAGGCCGCCGGUUGCAGAUCAUCGACACGCGUGCCAAGUAUAUCCCACUCGGGAUGGGCCUUAAAGAGUCGAUGCUGGCAGCGAUCUGUGAGUACGCGAUCAACCUAGUCGAUCUGGUGAUCGCCGAGAUGAACAUUAACAACCCGAAAGCGCUGGUACCACUGUCCUCGUUACGAAGUCUUAAGCUGCUCCUGAUCAGUGAUUACUACCCGUACGUCAAGCCCACCGAACCACCGAUAGAGUUGCCCGCGCUCGAGAAUCUGUCGUUGAUCGGAGUGACGGAUGAAUCGUGUCACUACUUUCGAGUGGACAACCUGAAGCGCUUCUUUAUCCACUCCACCGGGACGGAUGCACCGCGCACGAUGGACUUCAUAACGCAGAACAUUACGGGCGUCGCACGGUUGUGUCUCCACUUUACGGCACGCUCCAUCCAAGCGGACGUCAUAUUUGGAUGGUUGGAACGGUUCCCGAAUCUGCUCGCCCUCGAGCUGGCCGGCGUGGCGCUGCCGGUGGAUGUACUGAAGCAUCUCAAUCCCGCCAAUCGGUUGCAGAAGCUCAUCUUCGUCGGCUGUCAUUUGGAGACGGUACUGUUGGAUGAGUUCUGCGUGAAGUUGGGUCGCCUGCGGCUCCUGUGCUUCGACCGGUGCUCACUGUUCCACCGGGACUCGGGCUUUCAUCCGAUCCACCACAAAGACCUCGAGCAGCUGCGGACGAUGCUGCCACGCUGUCAGAUCAUGCUAGACUAUGAGUAG